AUGAUUGAAGGGGGGACCGAGGUUCCGAUUAUCGGCACCACCUUUGCUCAUAAGGCUGGCUGUGAUAUAGAUGAAACACAGAAGCAAGAGCAUGUGGAUACUAAAAACAAUUCGUACAUUUCCAUAGGCUUCACCAAGGUGAAGAUCUCGUCGAAUGGAUCCCUAGUCUUUUACUUUGACAUACGGGAUGAAAACCAAGUUGGAAAAGAAGCAACACUGUGA